AUGAAGGCCCUCCUGAUCCUGGCAGCCCUGCUCCCCUUCGUCACAGCUGCACCGCGGCAGCGUCGCGAAACAGUUUGGGGUGGUUACCACGGAGGCUACGCUGGUUAUGGAGGUCAUCUUGGAUACGCUCAUGGAGUAGCACUCGCUGGUCCAGCUUUGGGACCAACCAGUGUCGCUGGUCCCCACGUCGGAGCUGCUACGUUGGCUGCUCCAUCGAUAGGACCAGCCAAGCUUUCUGGAUCCAUUGCUGGUCCGGUGCACGUUUCCGGCGCUAUAGCUGGUUCUGCGCUUGUCACCGCGUCUGUGGCUGGUCCUGCCCACGUUGAAGGUUACGGUGGACCCUACGGUGGACCCUACGGAGUUGCCUACGCAGCACCAGCAUACGGUUACGCUGGAUAUCCAGGGUAUGCAGGAUAUGCUGCGUCUCACGGAGCUGUUCUUGCUGGACCAGCUUCCCAUGGGGCCGUCCUCGCUGGACCAGCGUCCCACGGGGCCGUUCUGUCUGGUCCUCACGCUGGAAGCGCGGCUGUGUCCGGUCCCAACGCUGGUUCGGUGGUGAUCGCUGGUCCAUCCGGUAAGAUCACGGCCCAUGGAACCGGUCACGGUGGAAUCCACACCGGUCACUGGUAA